AUGAGGGGUUAUCUGAAACUUUCCCUUUGAAAGUUGCAGCGUUCCUCGCCCUCUUCUCCUCCCCCAUUUUCCACAACCACCCACACACUCUCUCUCUUUCUCUCAUACAUAUCAAGCAACCAAACCCAUAUCUCUCCAUCCUCUCUCUCUCUCUCUCUCUCUCUCUCUCUCUCUCUCUCUCUCUAGGGUAACGAUGUCCAUGGAUAACACCCCCACCAACAACAACAACGGGGGGGGAAGGGGGUCGGUGGUGGUGAGCAUGGGGGAGGCGAUAGUGGACAUGGUGGCGACGGAGGCGGGGGCGACGCUGGCGGAGGCGGAGGUGUUCGCGGCGAGGCCCGGCGGAGCUCCGGCGAACGUGGCGGCGGCGGCGGCCCGGCUCGGCGGGGCCGGGGGCGGCGCGGCGGCGUUCGUGGGGAAGGUGGGCGACGACGCGUUCGGGCGCAUGGUCGCCGGCGCCCUCCGCCGCUGCGGCGUGGACGCCCGCGGCGUCGCCGCCGACUCCGCCGCGCGCACCGGCCUCGCCUUCGUCUCUCGCCUCCCCGACGGCGAGCGCGACUUCCUCUUCUACCGCCACCCCAGCGCCGACAUGCUCCUCACCCCCGCCGAGCUCCCCCUCCCCCUCAUCUCUACGGCUGCGAUCUUCCAUUUCGGAUCAAUAAGCCUGAUUGCGGAGCCGUGCCGGUCGGCGCAGCUGCGGGCGAUGGCAGUGGCGGCGGAGGGCGGCGCGCUGCUGUCCUACGACCCGAACCUCCGGCUGCAGCUGUGGGCGUCGCCGGAGGAGGCCCGGCGGACGAUCAUGAGUGUGUGGGGCCUCGCCCACAUCGCCAAGGUCAGCAAGUCCGAGCUCGAGUUCCUCACCGAGCGGAGAGACGGCUUGUCUGCUGACGGAGACUUCGAUGCCGCAGCUAUGGAGCUCUGGAGCUCUAAUUUGAAAUUUUUGAUUGUAACUCUUGGAUUAAAGGGCUGCAGAUAUUACGCCAAGGAUUUUCGGGGAAAGGUCGAAUCAUUCAAGGUGAAACAAGUCGACUCGACGGGGGCGGGGGAUGCGUUCGUCGGCGCGGUGCUGCGAAAGAUCGCUGAUGAUCCGUCGAUAUUGCACGAUGAGAAGAAACUGAGGGAAGUGUUGAGGUUCGCAAACGCGUGCGGUGCGAUUACGACGACGAAGGAAGGAGGAAUCCUCUCCAUUCCUGAUGAGGAAGAGGUCAUGCUAUUCUUAGAAAAUGCGAAGUAACAAAUCAAUGGUCCUUUUGUUUUGUUUUCGAAUAGUUUUUAAUGUCGCUCGUUGUAAUGUUUAUUUAGUAAAAAUAUAAGCUCUAUAUAAUGGUGAUAUAUAUUCCUUGA